UUCUUUCCGACAUUUGUCUGCUUUUGCUAACCGUGUGGUUGAUUUCUCGUGGAAAUCUUUUUUUACUGCACUAUUUAUUGGUCUUCGAAGUAGUGCCAAUCAUUUUGACAUACAAUGGGGCCAAAAACGAACUCUGGCGCUAGUAAAGCAAAAGUUGAAAACAAGAAAAAAGAAAAAAUCAUUGAGGAUAAAACAUUUGGGUUGAAAAACAAGAAGGGUGGAAAAAAUCAAAAGUUCAUUGCCCAAGUGCAACAGCAAGUGAAAAGUGGUGGUACUGCUGCAGCAAAAAAACUUGAAGAUGAAAAGAGGUUGCAGAAGGAAAAGAAAGAGGCUGAAUUGAAAGCACAAAAGGAAAUGCAAGAUCUCUUCAAGCCUGUGCAACCUGUACAAAAAGUGGAAAAAGGAGCAGAUCCGAAAUCGAUUCUGUGUGCGUUUUUCAAGCAAGGAACUUGUGGGAAAGGUGAUCGUUGCAAGUUUUCCCACGACUUGGAAAUUGAACGCAAAGCUGAAAAGAGAAGCUUGUAUUGCGACGUUCGAGAUGAUGGUCAAGACGGAACUUCGGAGGAUUGGGAUGAAGAAAAACUCAAAGAAGUUGUCGAGAAGAAACACGCUGAAGCCGACAAGAAAAAGACGAAAACAGAUAUCAUUUGCAAGCACUUCUUAGACGCCGUGGAGAAGAAUAAAUACGGUUGGUUUUGGCAGUGCCCUUCAGGCGAAUCCUGCAUUUACCGUCACGCGCUUCCACCCGGAUUCGUUUUGAAGAAGGACAAGAAAAAAGAGGAGAAGAAAGACGAAAUUUCGCUAGAAGACUUAAUUGAAAAGGAACGUGCUGCUCUGGGACCCAAGCAGACCAAAGUAACGCUUGAGACUUUCUUGGCGUGGAAAAAACGAAAAUUACGCGAACGUGAAGAGUCCAGUAACAAGGAAAAUACUCGCAAGCAAGCAGCUUUCAAGGCCGGAAGAUCUGUUGGUAUUUCCGGUCGCGAGAUGUUUACCUUCAAUCCCGAUUUAGCCCGGGAUGACAAUAUGGAGGAUGGUGAUGAAGCCUUUGAUACGGCUAAUCUUCCCAACGAGGAGGAAGACAGUGAAGUGCAGUACCGUGAGUUGGAUCUGAACGCUCUUGCCUGCGUAGGCACUGACGUUGAUGGCUCAGGCACAGUGGCUCCUGCCUCCCGUGAGUAUCAACUCGUGGAUGUUGAAGAGUCGACUAAAAAUGGCGAUGCCGAAUGUCUUGAUGAAGCAGCGGGUGGCGUACCUAUUGACGAAAACCUGUUUGCAGAUGAAGACGAUCUUGACGACCUCGAAGAUGAACUGGAGGAACUGGACGUCAACGACUAAAAAUACAACAGACUCUUCAUAUUCCUUCAUGCAACAGGAAUGAAAACUAAUUUUACAAUCGGUAAUUGGGAAGUAAAAAAUUUUGUUUUCUUUUUUCUUUUCCAAUACAUGUGAAGACAAGCUCA